UCGCAGUCCAUUAGUUACCACGCGUUCGGAGCAAAGCCAUCAAAACGGCCAGUGCUGCUCUCGGUGCCUAUCGCCCACAAGUGUGACUGAAAUUCUUGUGAAAGUGAAUCAAUUGCUGUGGCUGUGUUUUAUUAAAAAAAAAAAACCCUUAGAAAGAGAUGCUAAAGUGGUGACAAUUUCUCCAGCAACAGUAUUGCCCGGUACUGCUGGGGUGCAAGUGAGUGAGUACUUCCGAUGGUUUGGUGACGGAGCGACGGAAUUUGCGUGUUAUUUCGAUACGCAUAGCCUGAACGAGGGUGGCGGGUGGGCUUGAAAAGGUUGUCAAUAAUCGAUUACUAACCGUGGGGAUAGCGGAGUCACGGUGGCUACACCAGUUCGUCCAACCCGCAGGAAGGGUGCAAGCGAAUCCACGCGAAGGGAGUGCAAGUGUGAGAGAGAGGGCUAGAGCGAGGGAACGAGUGGGGGUGCGGUGUAGUGUGUGAGUGCGUGCGUGUGUGUAUGACGCUGAAAUAGUGAAGUUAGUGAUCAAUUAAAAAAUGAUAGCAUGGGCUUCUGCUAUGAGGAAUACUGCCGAUGAAGCGAUAUGAGCACGAAUGUGUACAGUACAGGUUGUUGGGAAAUACGCAAACAAUGCACGAGAUGUGGUGUUGGAUAGUAAUUCUACAGUUUCUCCUGGCGGAAGAACUCGCCACAGGUAUUAUGCUCACGGAGGUGCGGGUGCCCAAGCACACCAUCAAGGGCCAUUCGGUACGGUUGGAGUGUCAUUAUGACAUGGAAGGCGAAGCGCUCUACUCGGUGAAGUGGUACAAGGAUGGGUACGAAUUUUAUCGAUAUGUGCCAAGAGACGAUCCGCCCGGGACGGUGUUUCCUCAGCCGGGCAUCAUCGUGGAUCUGCAGAACUCGACUAGCGAGCAGGUGGUGCUGGACCCGAUAGAUCUGUCCUCCAGCGGGAAGUAUCGGUGCGAGGUGUCAGCCGAGGCGCCUUCCUUCCAGACGGUGUCGGAUCACGGGGAAAUGCUGGUGGUUGUGCUGCCGGAGGAGGAUCCGUAUAUUACGGGUGGGAAGCCACGGUACCAGCUCGGCGAUAUCGUGCGCGUAAACUGCACAUCUGGCCGCUCGAAACCGGCGGUCCAUCUGACGUGGUACAUCAAUGGGGAGGCGGCCGAUGGGUCGCUGGUGAAGCGGUUCGAGCCGAUCGUGUCCGGGCCGGACAAGCUGGAAACUUCCAUACUGGGGCUGGAAUUCCGUGUGAAACCGAAACAUUUCAAGCGAGGUGAUAUGAAGCUCAAGUGCCUCGCCACCAUUUCAACCGUAUACUGGAAAAGCAACGAGGAGAGCGUCGAGGGCGAAAAGCAACAGAAAGCUCCAAUGCUGGAGUCGCGGCGAGCCGGUUCGGGCGACACGCGAGCGGACCGGGUUCAAGCGUCAAGCGGUGAUGCAUUGGCGAAUAAAUAUUCAUCGGGCUUGAAUUUUACAUUGCGCUGGCUGCUCACAAUAUUGGCCGCGAGCCGGUUGUACUGUCCGCCGUUGGCCUAAAUGCAACCAAAUGCGAGCACGAGUCGGGCGAGCACAAUCCCAACAAAUUCGCUCUCUUCAACUAUAACAAUUUUAUUAUUAUUCACUGUAAUACAUUCCGUCCCGGGACACAGGUCGACCGUUUUCGACCCCGACGUCAAACCCUUUUCCUAGCUCACGCGUCGCGCUGCCAAAGGGUGCGCUUGGUGCCCUUGUGCGACGAUCUGCGCUGCAGUAACUGUCGAAGAAGAAAUGUCCAUAGCUUAGAGCGUCUAGUCGUCAGCCAAGCAGUUCAACAUCAACAAAUUCUGUCUACCAGAUGCCAUAUAAACAUUGCAGAAACCAACCGCUGAUGAUGGACGCCACACGCCAUUGUUCCGGACGCACAACUUGUGUACGGCCGGAAAAUUGCCGAUUCCACGAGGAUAGACAGAGAGCUAGAGACAAACCAGUGCCGCGACGGGACUGGACAGAUCAUCGUAUCGGUCCGACGUGUUGGACUAUGGACAUAUCGAAAGAAACCACGAAUCAUAUCACUAUGACACAAUGAAGUAAUAUCUUGAUGUGCUUUUUCACUGUUCUCCCAAACGAAACGAAACGAAAAAAAAAAAAUCAUACUAAAAUUUGACAAAGAAGCUAACGAAAAAAGGGCUAAAACCAUUAAAAACAUAUCACCAGUGAAUAUUAGAGCAAACAAAACAAAAUGAAACAAAUAACAAACAAAAAAAAAAUCUUUUCACUCGCCGUUUAUUCGUGGAUAAGUGUGUCGCAAAAUCGAUUCGAUCCCUCUUGUAAAAAGUGUGUACAUAUUGUAAAAGAAUUCGAUCCUCACCAGAGUCGGGCGGGCCGAUCGGAAUGUGUCCAAAUUGUUGCUACGUUUUUAUUUCCCAUGUAACGAGGUACGAAGAAUUUUAGAUAACUUAACAAAACACCCCAAGCGAUAAUCUGAACCUUUACACACACACAUACAGACACAGAAAGGAAUACAAACAAACAACCCAACACAGACAAACAAAAGAAACCAUACUAUACAAAGAAAGCUAGCCAACACUCACUUGAUCGUAUAGUCGAAUAUUCUUCUAGAAAAUUGUUACUUAAAGCAUACGAAAACAGAACGUAUGGAGCAACGAGCGAGAGAGAGAGAGGGGACAGAUGGCCGUGACUGAUAAAUAAAAUACUUUUAUCCAUUAUGAUACCAACAAA